UGCGGAUCGCAGUGGCACUUGCAUCGCUGAUUUUUUGUGCGGACCAAGAAAGUGAAACCAUGUCUGAAGCCAAUAUUGAGCUCGACAACUCGAACACUGCCGUGGCACCCAAGUGCGCCAAUGUGAACAACAAUAAUAGUGCCCGAUCCAGUCGGGUUGGAAGCUCCUCUUCAGGAGCAGAUACGAAAGAGGAUAACCACCGACUUGGAUGGUGUGGAUGGAAUCCGCCGUGGCUUCAACGCUUCUGCACCGCCAAGUGGGCUCUCUUCUGGCUCUGCUGGGGCGGUGCUCUCCAAGGUCUCAUAGUAAACGGUCUAAUCAAUGUCUCCAUAUCCACGAUUGAGCGUCGUUUCGGACUCCGCUCCCGGCAGAUGGGUUUGGUGGCCAGUGGUUACGACUUGGCUUCGUUUGCUUGCCUGGUUCCGGUUACCUAUUUCGGCGGUCGCAAGGGAGCCUCCAAGCCCCGCUUCAUAGCCAUUGGGUUGAUCGUGAUGGGCCUGGGAUCGCUGGUUUUCCUAUUACCAAACUUCCUGGUUGGCAACUAUCGGGCCACCAUUGCUGAGGCGAAUGUGUGUGAGCUAUCGGGAUUGCAACCUAACUCCAGCCAAACAAUGACCGCCUGCGAGCUGAACGGGUCCGGGGAGGGCGAGGGAGAGAAUCUAACCUGGACGGUGUGGCUCUUCCUGGCGGCCCAACUGCUCCACGGAGCCGGUGCCUCGCCCCUCUUCACACUGGGCGUCACUUAUAUCGAUGAGAACGUCUCAAAGAAGAUGUCAUCUGUUUACUUGGGAAUUUAUUACACCAUGGCCACCGUUGGACCUGCGAUUGGCUACGUCUUCGGAGGACAACUGCUGCUCAUCUACACGGAUUGGAUGAGCGUGGACCCAGUCCAACUCAGCCUGACCAGCGACAGUAAGGUGUGGAUCGGAGCCUGGUGGUUGGGUUUCAUUUUCGCCGCUGCUAUGUGCCUCCUAAUAGCCCUUCCUAUUUUCGGUUAUCCGAAAUUGCUUCCCGGGGCAGAAAAGCUGCAGCUGGAGAGAGUUUCCGAAGCGCACGCAACAGUAACGGAGGAGGGCGAACCCAACGAAGUAACCAAGGGACUUGCUCAACUUCCCCAGGCAGUGCUUAGUCUGCUGGGGAAUCCCACAUUCUUCUUCUUGAACCUGGCCGGUGCAACUGAGGGUCUAGUGAUAGCUGGAUUUGCUGCUUUCCUGCCCAAGCAGAUAGAAAACCAGUUUAGCAUUUCGCCCAUGUACUCGGCCCUGGUGAUGGGAUUGAUCACGGUUCCGGCGGGCGGCGGUGGCACCUUCCUUGGCGGCUUUUUGGUUAAGAAGUGGAACCUGGCCUGCAGAGGAAUCAUCAAGAUGUGCCUGCUGGUCACCGUGGUGGCGGCUCUUUUCACCAUCUGCUUCUUGGUGUCUUGUCCUAAUCCAAAGUUCGCUGGCGUCACAACAGGAUACAACUUCAAAGCCAGGAGCGAUCCUCCUGCUUUGAAGGCGGAAUGCAACACCAACUGCGGCUGCAGUCACACGAACUACGAUCCAAUCUGUGGUGUCAAUGGUGUCAUGUACUACAGUCCGUGCUUCGCAGGAUGUGCCCAGGAGAGGCACGAGGAUAGCCUGAAGCGCUAUUAUAAUUGCAGCUGCAUCGAAAGCGUUGGCUGGGUGGACGAGGGCAGUCCAUCCUUGGGAGAUGCCACCAACCUGAAGUGUGAGUCCACAUGCCAAACACUGCCACUCUUUGUGGUUCUCUGCUUCAUCUUGAUGGUUUUCACAUUCCUCGCCACGAUGCCUGCGUUGUCAGCGACUCUAAGAUGUGUUAAGGAUGAUCAGCGUUCGUUUGCUUUGGGCCUGCAGUGGAUAAAGGUGCGUCUGCUGGGCACUAUACCCGCCCCAUUGAUAUUCGGAGCCCUGAUCGACGAGUCGUGCAUUUUGUGGCAAGAGUCCUGCGACAAAGAUGCUGGAGGAGCUUGUCUCGUCUACGAUAAUUUCUACAUCAGCCGCUAUAUGUGGCUUUUGGCGCUGAUCUGCAAGCUGGGUUCCGUGGUCUUCUUCACGUGCGCCUGGUGGUUUUAUGUACCGCCCAGUAAGACAUCGAAUGCGAAUGGGAAGAGGGAAGGCGAUAUCUAAUGAGGCUAAAAGAACCAUUGAACUGAAACUUAUAAUAAUGACCUAGCCAGUCAUUUGGCUCAUAUUGUGGCUCAUCAUUAGCUGGCUAGAACUUUUAAUCGAUUUGCUAAGAACUUAGGAAGUAUUUUAACUACACCGAUCGGAAUCUCACUGAGGAUUCAGCUCAUAACCGUUAAUGCCGCUAUAUAGACACAACUUAAGCUUAUCGCAGUAUCAUUUGCCAUUUGAAGUAACCAUUAAAA